AUGCAGGCUCGAUGGUGGCUGCCUCUGCUUUUGCUGGGCGCCGCCUGUUCCUGGCUUGCCUAUACCGUGCCGAAGGAGACGGCAGUUGAGGAGCUUCCUCUGGAAGAGGAGCAGAACGACCUGGAGCUGAGUAGGAGGCUGCAGGUGGCGACGACGACGACCGUGACUAGUACCACAAGCACCUCAACUAGCAGCAGCAGCUCGAGCUCGACCACUUCGACAAGCAGCUCAAGCAGCAGCACAACCACGAGCACGACAUCUACAACCUCCACAUCCAGCAGCAGCAGUACAUCCAGCAGUUCCACCACCAGCACUUCAAGCAGCACCACUAGCGCCACGAGCACAACAACUACUACCUCCAGCAGCAGCUCAAGCAGCAGCACAACCACGAGCACGACAUCUACAACCUCCACAUCCAGCAGCAGCAGUACAUCCAGCAGUUCCACCACCAGCACUUCAAGCAGCACCACUAGCGCCACAAGCACAACGACUACCACCUCCAGCAGCAGCUCAAGCAGCAGCACAACCACCACGACAUCUACAACCUCCACAUCCAGCAGCAGCAGUACAUCCAGCAGUUCCACCACCAGCACUUCAAGCAGCACCACCAGCGCCACAAGCACAACGACUACCACCUCCAGCACCAGCUCAAGCAGCAGCACAACCACCACUUCAAGCAGUACCACUAGCGCCACGAGCACAACAACUACCACCUCGAGCAGCAGCACCAGCACGAGCACGACAACAUCUAGCAGCAGCACGAGCUCGAGCUCGACCAGCAGCACGAGCUCCACAUCCUCCAGCACGUCAAGCACGUCCACCACAAGCAGCAGCAGCUCAACCAGCACAAGCUCCACAACAUCCACAAGCUCAACAACAACUACCAAGACCACCAGCACCACCACGACAAGUUCAACAUCCAGCAGCUCGAGCUCGACCACUUCCACCUCCACCAGCAGCACUUCCACAUCAUCGAGCUCAAGCACGAGCACCAGCACAUCAAGCUCAACAACCAGCAGCACCACCAGCACAAGCACUUCCACAACAAGUUCUUCGAGCAGCACAUCCAGCAGCACCAGCACGAGCACGACAACAUCUAGCAGCAGCACGAGCUCGAGCUCGACCAGCAGCACGAGCUCCACAUCCUCUAGCACGUCAAGCACGUCCACCACAAGCAGCAGCAGUUCAACCAGCACAAGCUCCACAACAUCCACAAGCUCAACAACAACUACUAAGACCACCAGCACCACCACGACAAGUUCAACAUCCAGCAGCUCGAGCUCGACCACUUCCACCUCCACCAGCAGCACUUCCACAUCGUCAAGCUCAAGCACGAGCACCAGCACAUCCAGCAGCACCAGCACGAGCACGACAACAUCUAGCAGCAGCACGAGCUCGAGCUCGACCAGCAGCACGAGCUCCACAUCCUCUAGCACGUCAAGCACGUCCACCACAAGCAGCAGCAGUUCAACCAGCACAAGCUCCACAACAUCCACAAGCUCAACAACAACUACUAAGACCACCAGCACCACCACGACAAGUUCAACAUCCAGCAGCUCGAGCUCGACCACUUCCACCUCCUCCAGCAGCACUUCCACAUCAUCGAGCUCAAGCACGAGCACCAGCACAUCAAGCUCAACAACCAGCAGCACCACCAGCACAAGCACUUCCACAACAAGUUCUUCAAGCAGUACAUCCAGCAGUACCAGCACGAGCACCACAACAUCUAGCAGCAGCACAAGCUCGAGCUCGACCAGCAGCACGAGCUCCACAUCCUCUAGCACGUCAAGCACGUCCACCACAAGCAGCAGCAGUUCAACCAGCACAAGCUCCACAACAUCCACAAGCUCAACAACAACUACUAAGACCACCAGCACAACCACGACAAGUUCAACAUCCAGCAGCUCGAGCUCGACCACUUCCACCUCCACCAGCAGCACUUCCACAUCGUCGAGCUCAAGCACGAGCACCAGCACAUCAAGCUCAACAACCAGCAGCACCACCAGCACAAGCACUUCCACAACAAGUUCUUCGAGCAGCACGUCCAGCAGCACCAGCACGAGCACGACAACAUCUAGCAGCAGCACGAGCUCGAGCUCGACCAGCAGCACGAGCUCCACAUCCUCUAGCACGUCAAGCACGUCCACCACAAGCAGCAGCAGUUCAACCAGCACAAGCUCCACAACAUCCACAAGCUCAACAACAACUACUAAGACCACCAGCACCACCACGACAAGUUCAACAUCCAGCAGCUCCAGCUCGACCACUUCCACCUCCACCAGCAGCACUUCCACAUCAUCGAGCUCAAGCACGAGCACCAGCACAUCAAGCUCAACAACCAGCAGCACCACCAGCACAAGCACUUCCACAACAAGUUCUUCAAGCAGUACAUCCAGCAGUACCAGCACGAGCACCACAACAUCUAGCAGCAGCACAAGCUCGAGCUCGACCAGCAGCACGAGCUCCACAUCCUCUAGCACGUCAAGCACGUCCACCACAAGCAGCAGCAGUUCAACCAGCACAAGCUCCACAACAUCCACAAGCUCAACAACAACUACUAAGACCACCAGCACCACCACGACAAGUUCAACAUCCAGCAGCUCGAGCUCGACCACUUCCACCUCCACCAGCAGCACUUCCACAUCGUCGAGCUCAAGCACGAGCACCAGCACAUCAAGCUCAACAACCAGCAGCACCACCAGCACAAGCACUUCCACCACAAGUUCUUCGAGCAGCACAUCCAGCAGCACUAGCACGAGCACGACAACAUCUAGCAGCAGCACGAGCUCGAGCUCGACCAGCAGCACGAGCUCCACAUCCUCUAGCACUUCAAGCACGUCCACCAGCAGCAGCAGUACCUCCACAAGUAGCACGAGCAGCACCAGCAGUUCCAGCACCACACCUCCUCUUCCAGCACGUCCUCCACAUCCUCCAGCACGUCAAGCACGUCCACCAGCAGCAGCAGUACCUCCACAAGUAGCACCAGCAGCACCAGCAGUUCCAGCACCACACCUCCUCUUCCAGCACGUCGUCAACAUCCUCCAGCACAUCAAGCACCUCCACCAGCAGCAGCAGUACCUCCACAAGUAG